GGGCACCCCCUGACCCGCGUCCUGCACACACAGGGGUGUUCCAGUGGAUGGGAAAGGGCGAGUGUCACUUCAUCAAUGGCACCGAGCGGGUGAGGUUCGUGGAGAGGCUCAUCUACAACCGGGAGCAGUACGUGCACUUCGACAGCGAUGUGGGGGUCUUUGUGGGGGACACCCCAUAUGGAGAAUUCUGGGCCAGGCAAUGGAACAACAAUCCCGAAAUUCUGGAGUACGAACGCGUUGAAGUGGACAGGCUCUGCCGGCACAACUACAAACUUGGUGCUCCGUUCAGUGUGGAGAGGAGAGUGCCCCCCAGCUGA